CCAUGGAGCAGUAUUUAUCAACGUGUUAAGCAUUUCGACUGUGAAUAGUUUCACCUUAUUACGCAGUUUCAGAAGCUGGUUAGGAAAUAAUUUCCUGUAGUUUUUCUGCAAGACGUCUCUAUUUUGGGAAAACCAGAAUGAAAACAGCUUUAAUGGUGGCUGAGAAGCCUCAACUUGCUCAUGCCUUGGCCAAAAUUUUGUCGCGAGGCAAUCUGAAUUCGAGGAAGGCGUCAAAUGGCGUAUGCUCCGUGCAUGAAUACAUUGGAGUCUUCAGGGGAGAGUCGUGCAAGUUCAAGUUCACCUCUGUGUGUGGCCAUGUGAUGGGCUUGGACUUCAAUUCCCGUUUCAAUAACUGGGACAGAGUUGAUCCGGCGGAGUUGUUUGACGCCCCAACUGAGCAGAAGGAAGCCAACGCUAAGUUGUCGAUCCCAAGAGUCCUACAGCAAGAGGGUCGAGGGGUGGACUACCUGAUCUUAUGGCUUGACUGUGACAAAGAAGGGGAGAAUAUUUGCUUUGAGGUUGUAGACUGUGUUCAGCCCUUCAUGAAUAAAACCUCAAUGAGCCAACAGACUGUAUUCCGAGCUCGUUUUAGUGCCAUCACCGAUACUGACGUUAGGGGAGCAAUGGACAGACUUGUCGAACCAAACAAGAACGAGGCGUUGUCCGUCGACGCCAGGCAGGAAUUGGACCUUCGGAUUGGUUGCGCCUUCACCAGAUACCAAACCAAAUUCUUCCAGGGUAAAUACGGAGAUUUAGACAGUACUCUUAUCUCAUUCGGUCCGUGCCAAACUCCUACCUUGGGUCUGUGCGUCAAUCGUCAUGAUAAAAUACAGGAGUUCAAGCCAGAGCCGUUCUGGAUCAUUCAUACCGAGGUUGCCCAUCCAAGUGGUAGGAAUCUGACUCUGGAUUGGGACAGAGUUAGGAUGUUUGAUCGAGAUAUCGCACAGAUGUUCCUGAACCUGGUCAAGGGACAAAAAGACGCAAAGGUAACUGGUGUCACACAAAAGGAGAAGGUUAAACAGCGCCCUCAAGCACUGAACACGGUAGAGUUGAUGCGUGUUGCGAGCGCCUCGUUAGGUAUGAGUCCCCAUCACGCAAUGCAGAUUGCCGAGAGGUUGUAUAUUCAAGGUUACAUCAGCUAUCCACGUACUGAAACAACGCACUACCCGGAAAACUUUGAUCUCAGCGGAACUCUUAAACAGCAACUCUCUGGCCCAUGGAACUCUGAGAUCAGGGAUCUACUCAACAAAGGUAUCAAUCGACCGAGGAAAGGGAACGACGCAGGGGACCAUCCUCCCAUAACACCUAUGAGAAGCGCAACCGAGAGCGAGAUCGGAGGGGAGGCGUGGAGACUGUACGAAUAUAUCGUCUUACAUUUUAUUGCUACGAUCAGUUAUGACUGCAAGUAUCUCCAGAAGACCAUUACUUUCCUGAUCAACGAAGAGAAGUUUUCUUGUACGGGGAAGACGGUUAUCGAUCCUGGAUAUACGACGUUCAUGAAAUGGCAAGCAAUGAACACGAUGGAGACACUUCCUGUGGUUCAAACAGGAGAUGUUUGCACCCUCAACGAGGCUAAGCUCGUGGAGCGACAGACUAGUCCACCAGACUACCUUACAGAGAGUGAAUUGAUUACAUUGAUGGAGAAACAUGGUAUAGGGACCGACGCCAGCAUACCGGUACACAUUGAGAACAUCUGCCAACGUAACUACGUUAAGGUGGAGAGUGGACGACGACUGGUACCCACCAGGCUGGGUAUUGUGCUCAUUCAUGGAUACCAAAAGAUCGAUGCGGACUUGUCUUUGCCGACGAUGCGCUCGAACGUUGAAGAGCAGCUAAACCUGAUAGCUCACGGGAAGAUCGACUACCACGUGGUGCUACGCCACACUCUGGACAUCUUCACUAGGAAGUUUCAGUAUUUUGUGGAGCAGAUUCAGGGAAUGGAUGAACUGUUUGAGGUGUCGUUCUCUCCGUUGGCCGCUACCGGAAAGCCACUUUCAAGAUGUGGUAAGUGUCAUCGGUUCAUGAAGUACAUCUCGGCCAAGCCUUGUCGUCUCCAUUGCGCACAAUGUGAGGAAACUUACACUCUACCCCAGAAUGGAACCAUCAAGCUUUACAAGGAGAUCACGUGCCCACUUGAUGACUUUGAGCUUGUAAUGUGGUCUUCAGGACCAAAAGGAAAGAGUUACCCAGUCUGCCCGUAUUGCUUCAGCAACCCCCCGUUCCCUGAGAUGAGGAAAGGGAUGGGGUGCAACGAAUGCACUCAUCCAACCUGUUCCCAUUCAAUCAUCAAACUGGGCGUGGCUCAGUGCAUUGAGUGUGAGAACGGAGUCAUGGUACUAGAUCCCUCAUCAGCGCCAAAGUGGAGACUCGCUUGCAAUAAGUGCAAUGUGAUCAUGAAUAUAUUUGAAGAUGCUCAUCGAAUAACAGUUGACAAGAACCGUUGUGAGACGUGCGAAGCAUCAAUACUCAACGUCGACUUCAAUAAGUCCAAGACACCGUUAGCAAACAACGAGACACAUCACUCAGGAUGCAUGUUCUGUGAUCCAGUACUUCUUCCGUUAAUCGAAGCCAAACAUGCCAGCAUCCGCCGCGGAGGAAGGGGCGGGCGUGGUGGGAGGGGAAGGGGUAGAGGGAGGGGUAGGGGAAGAGGGCGUGGUCGAGGGGGGAAGGCACCUAAGGAUAAGAUGUCUCAGCUAGCUUCUUAUUUUGUUUAGUUUGUAAAGGCAUCAAUAAAUAAACCCCUAGUCAGUAAAGGACAAGGGCUUGUGUAGAGCGGAAGGGGUUGAGGGAGGGGUUGGGAAAGAAGGUGUGGUUGAGGGUUGAGAUAAGAUGUCUUAGUAGCUUCAUAUUUUUUUUAGUCUGUAAAGGCAUCAAUAAAUAAACCCCUAGUCUGCAGUUCGAAAAGCUCCAUUCACAAAUUUCUGAGUUUGGCCAUAAAAACUCGGUAAGUACACAUAAUUUUCAAGAAGUUGGUCUGUUUACGUUGAAUUUAUUGGGUUCUUGGAAUUAAUGGAUGAGCAGUUUAUCUACGUGGGGUAGUCAUAGCAGCCCUGCUGGUGUGUGCAUGAUCCAAUUAAAGGAACAUUACAGAAUUGGUUUUGCUAGCAAAAAAGUUGCUGGCAGUGUAAGCAUUUUAUGUAAUCCACCAUAUAUAUAAACUGACAAAACUGUAGAAGUUUGAAAUCGAUUGGACGAAAAAAAUGUGCUAACCAGAACCUUAGUGCUUUGUGAAGUUUAGUUUGUAUUAUUUAUAGUAGCUAUAGAAAGUGUUGAAAUGUUUCAUAAAUCUAGCAUUUUUCUUAUUUUGUGCAUUUUUGUAAUGCAUGUCUUUAUUAUAAUAAAUAAAUAAAACCAGCUCUUCUAUAGCUCAUGUCCAAACACAUGAUCAAUGCGCUUUACACACAAAACAAUAGCAAUUAUAAUACACUCGAAUAAAUAAGUUUUGAGGUUGUGUUUGAAAGCAAAAACUGUUGGAGAGGAUCGUAUGGUAUGGUAUGGUAUUCACAAUAAAUUAUUAUUUAUUUAUCAUAGUUCUUGACAAUUUGAUUAUUGGGUCAUACCUGCUUCCUCGUCUGUUUAAAAAACUGCCUUGUAUUAAACGUUUAGAGGUUUUCAAAUUUAAAUAUAAGUGAGUCAGUACAGGUCAUAUGAAAUUAUAA